AAACAUCUCGGAGAAGUACAUCGACGCAGUCAAAUACUUGUCACAGCGUUAGUUACUCAGUAUUAAAAUGUCUGUGUGUUUAGCUUCGUUUUGACAGUGGAGAGGCAGCCUUUCCACGAUGGCGGUUGCCGCGGCACAGGCGUUUCCAUGAUGGCUAAACUUAAAACUUAAGGAGCAAACUUUGAACAAGGAGUCGGAGUCUCUUCCCAGACGUUAUCGCUACAAAAAGUAACACCACCAUGGCUCACACUGUCUCUGUUUCCAAAUGGGCAUUUGCUUUUAGUUUUUUCUUUAGCGUGUCCGAGUGUUUCAUUACGAUACCACUCAAAAUAUACAGAGGGAGUUACAAUGUGUCCUCGACUGUGGAUUUGACUCGGCGAGUCGUGUUAACGUCUGAUGGAAAUGGCCUCUCUCUGGCCUCUGAUCCCACUGGUACCGUGAACUUUCUGGACAUGGUAAAUAACUUGCAAGGGGACUCUGGAAGAGGCUACUACAUAGAAAUGUCAAUUGGUACACCUGGUCAAAAGGUGAACAUCCUGGUGGACACAGGCAGCAGUAACUUUGCAGUAGCUGCAGCUCCACACCCAUUUAUCACGCACUACUUCAACACUGCGCUCUCCAGUACCUACCAGUCUACCGGCCGGACUGUGGCGGUCAGGUACACCCAGGGCAACUGGGAAGGUGAACUGGGUGUUGACCUUGUCUCCAUCCCCAAAGGCCCAAAUGGGUCCAUCUCCAUCAACAUAGCUGCCAUCCUGUCAUCUGAAGGCUUUUUCCUUCCUAACGUCAACUGGCAGGGCAUCCUGGGACUGGCCUAUCCCAUGCUGGCACGGCCCGACUCGUCCGUGGAGCCCUUCUUCAACUCUAUGGUGCAACAGCUGGGAAUUCCUGAUAUCUUUUCCCUCCAGAUGUGUGGCGCUGGACUGUCGGCCAGCAGCACAGCAGACCCUGCAGGAGGCAGUCUUAUCAUGGGAGGGGUUGAACCAGCUCUGUAUCGGGGGUCAGUGUGGUACACCCCGAUUGUAGAGGAGUGGUACUACCAAGUGGAGGUUUUGAAACUGGAGGUUGGUGACCAGAAUCUGGAGCUGGACUGCAGAGAGUAUAACAUGGAUAAAGCUAUAGUUGACAGUGGAACGACACUGCUGCGUCUUCCUGUCAACGUCUUCAAUGCAGUGGUAGAAGCCAUCACACGCAGCUCUCUGAUCCAGGACUUUUCUUCUGGAUUCUGGGAUGGCACCAAGCUUGCAUGCUGGAUGAAGGGAGAGACACCCUGGAGGUUUUUUCCCAAGCUCUCCAUUUACCUAAGGGCGACGAACACCAGCCAGUCCUUCCGCAUCACCAUCCUCCCUCAGCUGUACAUCCAGCCAAUCACAGACGUGGACGGCACAAUGGACUGCUUCCGCUUCGGAUUGUCUUCAUCAGCGAAUGGCCUAGUGAUUGGUGCUACGGUUAUGGAAGGCUUCUACGUGGUGUUUGACCGCGUCCAACAGAGACUGGGCUUCGCACUCAGUAGCUGUGCUGUGAGCGGUGGAGUGGCUCUUUCAGAGAUCGCAGGGCCCUUCUCAGCGGCAGACGUGGCAGCCAACUGCUCCGGCGGUAUGCUGAAGGAGCCUCUUCUGUGGGUGAUCUCCUACGCUCUUAUAGCGGUCUGCGCAGUGGUCCUCAUCAUCCUGUUGCUCCUGCUGGUCCUGCCCUGCCGAGGCAGAAACCUCUCCGGGGAGAUAACCGAUGAGUCCUCUCUGGUGCGCCAUCGUAUCAAGUGACUCAGAAGAAAAAGACGAGCGGACAGGGUGAAUAGGGGGGACAGCACGCAGAGUCCAUCUGCAGCAGUGGAGAAAGGGGUGAGGUUGGGCCUGCACCCAACAGUGACCCUCGCCUCUGAAUGUUUGACUGACUCUGGACUGCACUCAUCAGCUUGGCCCGUGGAGGUUAACACAGACAUAUCAACCGCCUCUUGACAGGAAAAUCCACCCAGAAACACUUCUGCAAAACAGCUGUCGGUGAUGUAUUUAUGCUUCGCUCUUAUUCUCACUCAUAAUUGAUCACACUGUGUUGUAUGUGACAGAGGAAGACAUCAAGCGUAGAAGGAGAACAGUUUCUUUACUGACUUUAACUUUAAAAGGUCAUAAUGUCAUGUUGCUUCAGGGCAGUUUGACUUUCUUUUUCUAAACUGGAAAGACUCGUAUGCUAACGGUAGCGCUCUCCCCGCCUACACUCAGCUGGAGUGUAGUUUGAGAGAGCACUCAAAUCCAGUUCAUGCUUAUUCUCUCGAGGGCUGUCAAAGGGUAUUCUGGGAAACGUAAGACAUCACUAACACAAACAGAAGCGUGAAACAUAGUAUGAAACACUUUUUCACAAAAUAAACUCCUGACGCACACUGAUGAUCACACCAGCAAUGACAUAUAACAACAUGAUAGUGUCAGCUAAGGGUGGAGUUUCUUCCUUACAGACAAUCACAAGACGGCAGGUGGGGAGGAAGUAAACAGUCUGUGCUGAACAACCAUUGGUGCACUCUUGAACAAUUCAAAAGUGACUAAUUUUACAUCCAGGCAUAGUGUGUAUUAUUCAUUUCUAAAGGCCUUAAUGUGUUUUUUUACAUUCAGUGAUCAAUGAAGUAAUGUCUCGUGCCUUUAAUAUUUUGAAGUGCUCUAUUGAGCGAAACGAAUGCCCGUGUAGGUUGAAAAGCUGCUCAAACAUUUACUGUUCAUACUAAGAAUAUAGUUAGAGAAUACACACGUUUACAGUGCCUGUAGUGCCUUUAAGUCUCAGCUCACUGCUAACACAAACUGAUGUACAGUAUCAGAAGUUCGAGACUUACUCUGCUUGAAUUGCACUUUGUUUCUUAAGUCAAUCAAAAGUGUAAUAUAACGCUAAAGAUCAAUAUUUCUCGAUCUGUUAUGCAAUUGGUUGUAUUAAUGUAAUUUUACUAAUUCUGUAUGAGUGUAUAUUUAAAUUUCUUUGAAUGUGAUUGUAUUAUUAUUCCAAAUCUUUGCUUUUUUUUAAGACACUACAUGUUCAGGGGUACAUAUUUAUACUGCACAUUUUAUACAAACACUGAAGUAGAAACCAAAGUAUUCUUAAAACUGACACAGUAGAAACACGUGUUCCUACUGGGUGCCUGUGGACCGUCCUGUUAGCAAUAAAACGUUAUCAAAUGUCAUUUAACAGUCUCUUUAUACUAGUGACAGCUCCAUAUGCAAAAACAGAAACAAAAAAUCUGAAAAAUGUGCUUGUUGAUUCUUAGUAUGAGUAACGUUAAUGUGUCUUUUUGUGAAUUUUUUUCUGUGCCAAAUUUUUUCUGUGCCAAAUUUAUACUUUGUGCUGUAAAUAAAAUAACUUGUGACCAAAUAAAAGAUGUAAAUCAUUCAAAA